AACUAAAUAGUUAGUUUACUAGUUAACUUUGCUGCUGUUAGCUAACGCUAUGCCCCACAUUGCAAGAAGUAAUUGUAAAGUCUCCGUUCCUGGGUUAAAAUGGGUAUAUACAUCUAAGGAUAAAGUAGGACGGGUUUUAGAGGGAACUUUAAACAUACUUGCUAGCUGACGGUAGAUGGCACGCUUGCGCUGUAUUUUCCUGCACUUGUUAUCCUUGUCUGUUGUCCAGGGAUGGAGCUAGGUUAGCUUAGCUAAUUUAAACUCUCCUGAGUGUGUCAGUGUGUCGUUCUCGGUUUGUAUCAUGAUUUAGGAUACGGACUGAACUGCAGCGUUGGAAAUAGUGGAAACUCCCAGCUUACUAUCCGAAGCCGCUCACACAACAAGCGACUUGGCGAAAAAGUGAUUCACUUGACAAGAACACGGUUACAAAAGAUGAAGUAUGUGUAACGUAAACCUGGGAUAUAGCUGCGUGCCACCCCGACCAAGCUUUCGUGUUCACCGGGUUAUCCAGAAGUUGAGUUCCCAGAAAAACCAUGGAUGCUGACAGAUAUAAACAUGAUCCACACUAUACAGAAGCAGAAAGCAUCUGGCAUGUGAUGCAGAAAUCAGGAAAUCUGGAUCAGAGGAGCAGAGAUGGUGAAAGCUGGAAGCUGGUGGAUGUAUUUCUUUCAGGAGGUGCACCAUGGGGAUUUACACUCAGAGGGGGACUGGAACAUCGAGAACCUCUACUCAUAACCAAGGUAGAGGAGGGCAGCAAGGCAGCAGCUGUGAGUCUCCAGGUGGGAGACGAGCUUGUCAACAUCAAUGAGAUUCCCCUGAGUGGCUUCAGACAGGAGGCAAUCUGCCUAGUGAAAGGCUCCCACAAGACCCUCAGCCUGGUAGUGAAAAGGAAUAUGAAAAUGGUGGAUAUUGUAGCUCAGAAAAUGCCCUCUGAGAAUGACGUGCAUGUGGCAAGAAGCUUUCUUACGAAGAUUUUGCGAAGUUCCAUGAGGCGGAAUGAACCCAUAAGCAGGCCUCACUCCUGGCACUCCACCAAGUUCAACGAAAGCCAAUCAGAGACUGCCAAAACACAGUCUCCACCCACGCAAGUCUGGCACACCAGAUAUGAUGCAAGCUCAUCCUCAACUGAUCUGUCCUCUGGCUGGGAGCAAACAAACCUGUGCAGAGUGUCUGACCAGUUCAGCUCUCACGGCAGUAUGGACAGUCUAGAACAUGUCCCACACACGUACCCCGCCGGCCAGCUGUCACCUGCCAAGUCCAACAACAGUAUGGAGCACCUCGGAGGAGGGAAACGAGACUCGGCCUACAGCUCCUUCUCCACCAGCUCUGGCACACCAGACUAUACCCUCUCGAAGAGCAACACUGCCUCCACAGAGAACAUGCUCUAUAAAGUGAGUCAGUGGGAUGCAGGAGCAAAGCCCAACAAUGGCAGAAACAGCCAGAGCCUGAUGGAAGGAGUCAAACAGGACGAUAGGGUGGCGUACUUCCAGAUGCCAGGAGCCGGCUCAGGCUGCGCGGCUCCACAGACUGACGACUCGGCCGGAUCUCGCCAUUCCACUUCAAGUAGAAUCAGCUUAGGACCUGUUUGGCAUGUCCCUGAAAAAAAGAAGACUGCUUCCCCCUCUCCUCCCCCUCCCCCUCCACCUGCACGCAGUGACAGUUUUGCUGUGACAAAAGUUCACGAAAGGGGGCUCAUUAUAGCUCACCCUGAAGGACCUGAAGCUCAUGUUCCCUGUAAGACUGAAAACCGCCGCAGCCACAACCCACCCCUGAAAAAUGACGAUGGUUUCUACACCUCAUCUGAUAAAUCGAAUCAUAACCAGUUCAGCUCAAACAAGCAGUACUCGCUGUCCAGCAGUGACGUCCGGCAAGGCCAGCCCUACCAUCAAAGGCACCAUAGUGACAAAAGCACUUUUUAUUCUCAGCCCUGGGCUACGUCCGCACCAAAGCCACAGAACGUAGGUGGCUACUAUUGUAGUAUGCAGGAACUGCCUACUAACGGUUCUGCACAACACUUUGGUCAGAACCAGAGAAGGAACUUAAGCACCUCCCUGUCUACCGCAGCCACUGACCAAACCCCUGACAGCAGCGGGCAAAGCCGAUACUAUUGUGUCACAACAUGUCAGCCCACACAGCCCUUGUCAGGAAAAUCAGAGGACAGGAAGAGUGUCACAGAACUGGCACAGACUGGAAAUGAGCGGAACUCUCUUAGCCCACAGACAGUCUCCAAAGUCAAGUAUCAUCUGCCUCAACAGCAGCAGCAACACUCCUCUCACAGUAAAGACAGUAAUGGAUACAGCAAGCACCAAGUUACUACUGUGCUUGAAACCCCUGUAUCAAAAUCUAGCUCUGAUGAAAGGGGAAGCCAGAGAGGACAAAAUGCAGAUGCUCAGUUUAUGAGUUAUCCUCCGAGCAGACAGUCUGAACAGCGGAGGUCUCUGCCAGCACAACAUAGAGAAGACAUCAGACAUCACAGCCAAGUGAGCAACAAGAUCUGCCCCCAGGCGACCCCCAUGCUUCACUCUCUAUCCAUGGAUGCUGCAGGCCAAGAUGACAAAACAAGAGGCCCAAACUCUGAGGAGUCCCUGGAGAGCAAGCAGGCGAGACGCAGUGACCGUUUUGCAACCACACUAAGGAAUGAAAUCCAGAUGAGAAGAGCCAAGCUGCAGAAAAGCAUGAGUGCAGCUACUCUUCCCGGUGCUGAGGGUGAGACUGAAGAAGCCCAUGAUGUCUGGAAGUCCAGUGAAAAUACUCCACCGUCCUCUGCCGAUGGCUCCUUCAGCAACUCCUACAAGGAUAAUCUGAAGGAAGCACAAGCAAGGGUGCUCAAGGCUACGUCUUUCAGGAGAAAAGACCUGGACUACUCAUCAUCCGCACUGGCCCGGAAAGAUGUUACUCCGCUGCCAACUGUAUCAGAGUCUGUAAUGAGUAAGUCAGGGCCUGCCGGAGGUCAGGUAACUCGCAUUGGUGGCCGUAAGCGCUUUCAGGCAGAAAAGAAGGUUAGAUCUUUCUCUGAACCAGACAAAAUCCAUGAAGUUGGAGUGAAGGAAGAUCACUCUCGCAAUGAAAGGUCCUCAUUAGACCAACAGAAGCUUCUUAAAGAAAGUGGGAAACCUGCUUUCCCCAACCACAUUCCCCCUCAGAGCUACACCGAGAACCCCACAGAGACUAAGAGCCGAAGUCUUGCCUCCGCCAGUGACAUUGACGAUAUGAAGAGAGGCAUCAGGAGCCGAGAGUACACUGAAGAGGUCCAGGGAGGUCCUUACUCUGCAAACAAGCAGUUAGACCAGCAAAGACUGGGCACCUUCGCUGAGUAUGAGGCCAGGUGGAAUAUACAGAAACCCCCUCCAGAAACAAGAGCCUCUGGUCGGUACCGGUCAGCUGAUAACAUCCUGGAUCCAGGACCGGAGGACAGAACCACAACCACCUGUUUCCACGAGAGAUCCAGAUCAUCUCCUUCAGCUGACACCUAUGGACAGAAGAUUCAAGUUCCUGCAAGAAAGUCUGAGACAGAAUAUUCCCAGACGGAGAGUAAACCUGCUGAACAGCUCAUCAGUGCCACGGGGUUCUCUGACAGAGGGCCCGGCGACUGUAAAGUGAGAGAAAAGCCUGUGGAGUUUGAACAUUACUCAGCGCCACCUCCUCCCAACCCUGACAGCAGACACAGAGCUGCCCCUGCCACCGUCAACCACAGACCCACAUCUGUCUCCCACAGUCUCACAGAGUCUGCCCACCCUCAGCCUGAGGACCACAGCCACACUGAGCCGCCGUCUGGGCCGAGGAGGAAGCCCUCUGCGCCGCCGGAGAAGCCUCCCCCACCCAGAUGCCCAGAGGUCGACUCCCACGAGUCUUUCACCGGUUCCCAGAGCGAAAUCUUCACCCGCUGCUCUCCUAACGCUGACCCUAACUCCGCCUUCAUCCCCACCCACUCUGCAAAGGGAGAUUCUGAGCAGGGCAAAGGACUUGUGGACAAAGGACAAGGGGCAGUACAUCAUCUAUCAACAUCCAAUCCUCAGCCGGCCUCCUCUCCCCCAGCUUCCUCCUACAGACCUUCAGGGCUGGCCGCUAUGGAGGGGCAGCGCUCUCCAUCUCCACAGUUUUCCCCACAGAGACUCAGUGACAAACCUCCGGUCUCUCUACAGGAUGAAGACUCAAACAGGAUGGAGCAUGUGAUAGAAAACCAGCACUCUGCAGUGAAGAAAGUGCCCAUCAGAAUUGUCCACUCAGAGGGGGACACUGAGAAGGAGAACUGUCCAUAUUUGCAGCACAGUGACCCCCCUGCAGUUGAAGCGGAGGGUCCCAGUGUGACCCGGCUAGGCAGUCUGGGAGCUGCAGGGCAGGACUCAGUCUUCUGCGCUUUUACCCGUCAGAGGGAGCCCGACAGUACGCCGGCAGCACAGACGGACCCGAAGCCUCAGACAGACACAUACAUGACCACUGUUGGGGAUCACAUCAACUCUAACAGUCAGCAGCCACCGCAGCCCACAGACGAGCCCAGCAGCAACAGGGUGACCACAGGGCUGUCUGACGAUCAGAAGAGAGAGGAGCUGGCCAGGGACAUCAUGGGCAAGGACAAAUCACUAGCUGAUAUUCUGGACCAGAGCAAGAUGAAGACCACCAUGGACCUGAUGGAGGGGAUCUUCCCUCAGGGGGAGCAGCUGUUGGAAGGAGCUCACCAGCGCAGGAAGGUGUCCCCGAAACAGACGGUCAGCCGGCCCGCUGAGGAAAGAGAAAAAGAGGACAGCAUGGCAGCAGCUGUCACCAUGGUGACCAGCUCGACAUAUUACAGCACAUCUGCUCCCAAAGCUGAGCUUCUUAUUAAGAUGAAGGACAUGCAGGAGCAGGAGCAGGAGGAGGAAGACUCUGAAGACGAACUGGACAUUGAUCUGGCCAAUAAGAAGCAAGAGCUGAUCGACAGCCUCAGCAAAAAGCUUCAGGUACUGCGCGAGGCCCGGGAGAGUCUUCAGGAGGACGUCCUCGACAACAACGCUCUGGGAGACGAGGUGGAGGCCCGAGUCCAGCAGAUCUGCAAACCCAACGAGCUGGACAAGUUCAGGAUGUUUGUUGGGGACCUGGACAAGGUGGUGAGCCUGCUUCUGUCCCUGUCAGGCCGUCUGGCCAGAGUGGAGAACGCCCUCAACAGUCUGGAGGAGGAUGCUACUGCUGAGGACAGGCGCACAUUGAUCGAGAAGAGGAAGCUGCUGAUUCGACAGCACGAGGAUGCAAAGGAGCUGAAGGAGAACCUGGACCGUCGGGAACGCGUGGUUUAUGAAAUCCUGGGCAACCACCUGCCCGAGGACAGCCUUACGGACUACGAGCACUUUGUCAAGAUGAAGUCCGCGCUCAUCAUCGAGCAGCGCAAGCUUGAGGAUAAAAUCAAACUGGGCGAGGAGCAGCUCAAGUGUCUGACAGACAGUCUGCCCAUAGAGCAGAGGCUCAACUUGUGAGAACACUUUGAAAUACCACUCAUGAUAAAGACUUGUUGCUCUGAGUUGCAGUUGAGCUCUGCGUCCAGCAGAGGGAGACAGAGAUGAGCUAUCUGCAGAGCCACUCUUCAGUUCUGUGGUGAAGCGUCUUCCUACUGGCCUGCCAUAACACCACUAACACCAUAAGGAACUCCCUUAUAAAAGAUGCUGCUCUUCCCAACAUCAACAAACCACUGUAUCUAAUGUCUUUCAUGCCAUUUUUGCUUUGUUUUUAUUUUCAUGAUUUUUUUUAGUAAUUUAUUGUAGCCUUUUGAAUCUGCGCAGGAGGGGACAGUAUUUUAUUUUCAACUGAUUUGAGCAGCCAUGCUACCUGAUGUGAGUUACACGCUGAGUAUUUAUCAUGUUUGAAUAAACAUAACCCAUCAAAUCUG